CAUUGAAAAGAUUCGACUCAGUAAAGUGAUACACGAUUCGGACAUCGCUAGACGCUAAUCUGGAAACAGCUUGUUCAACGUUAUUCAGCGUUAUUAGUUAUGGAUGUGACGGGUUCUGAUAGUGAUUGGAGGAGUACAGCCUUUCGACAAAAAGUAGUGGCCCAAAUAGAAGAAGCCAUGAGAAAAGCAGGAACUGCUCACACAAAGUCCAGCACUGACAUGGAGAACCAUGUUUUUAUCAAGGCAAAGACCAGAGAGGAGUAUUUGUCUUUAGUUGCAAGACUGAUAAUUCAUUUUAGAGACAUUCAUAAAAAGUCACAAGAUCCUAUGAAUGCCCUGCAAAGUAUACCAGGAGUGGGUGGAGGUGGUCCUGGAGUUAUUGGCAUUGGACCACGGCCCCCUGGUGUACAAAUGGGUGGGAUGGGGCAAAUUCAAAUGGGUCAACAUGCCAUGCAGGGAGGUCAGCAGGGUGGUGCUGCCGGGCAGAUGCCGAUGAUGCAACAGCAGCAGUCUAUUCAAUUUCAGCAGUUUCAGGCACAGCAACAGGCAGCCAUGCAGCCUCAGCAGCCAGCACCUAUGCAGCCGAAUGCCAUGCAGUUCCAACAGAUAAGGCAGCAGCAGCAGCAGAAUCAACAGCAGCAGCAGCAGCAGGCCCAGAAUCAGCAGCAACAACAGAACCAGUUGCACCAAACAAGAAUGCAGCAGCAGCAGUUAGCACAAAUGCAGCAACUGCAACAGCAGCAGCAGCAGCAGCAACUGCAACAUCAGCAGCAACUGCAGCAUCAACAGCAACAGCAACUGCAACAUCAGCAGCAACAGCAGCAACUGCAACAGCAACAACUGCAUCAACAACAGGUUCAAGCUCAAGCUCAGGCCCAAGCUCAGGCUCAGGCUCAAGCCCAGGCCCAAAUGCAGCAGCAACAACAGCAGCAGCAGCUUCAAGCUCAGGUCCAGGCUCAGGUCCAAGCCCAGGUCCAGGCUCAGGUCCAAGCUCAGGGUCAAGCCCAGGUGCAGGCUCAAGGAGUUGCAGGUCAGAUGCCCUCUCAUUCUCAGCAGCAACAAGUCAUGGUGCCCCAGUCAAUAGCACAAAUGGCUCCUGGACAACAUCAACCCAUCAGCUCACUCAGCCAACAACAGCAGCAACAUCUGAAGCUCCAUCAGGUAAUGCAGCAGGCGAGAGUAUUGCAGCAGCAGCAGCAGCAGCAACAACAACAACAACAACAACAAAAACAACAACAGCAGCAACAACAACAACAACAACAACUACAGCAGCAGCAACAACAACAGCAGGCUCAGCAGCUCCAGCAAGCCGGCCAGCACUCCACAGUCCCUGGCCAGGUAAGCCCAGUGCAAGCUGUGGUGAGGACUGAGAUGAGAGACUAAGCGUGGAAUAAUUGCAUGCUACCAAAAUCAACACUUGAAUUUCCUUUGAAUGUCAAAUCUCUAUUAUUUGCCUGGUGGUGGGCUGUAGUGUACUGCACAUAUCCUAAUAACAACACAAGUAUUAUACAUCGACAUUAUUUUUGUCAACAGAGGUUCAGUUGUUGGCCACAGAAGUGAGCCGCGUUCAGAUGAUGAUACAACUUUAUUGUCAAGCAAGUACUGAAAUGUGUCUUGCGUUACAGCAGGUUCACUCACAAUCACAAAACUUUGUCACAUGGGCAAAACUGGUUCUCUGGUCAGUAUACAUAAAAUAUAGGCCAGGCAUCAAAACUAUACGUUGAACUACACUUUAAAUUAUUAUUUCUUUCUCUGUACAUUUGAAAGUCUAGUGUUCAAUUGUAUUAAUUUUUUUUCUGAGCAAAACAUUUUCACUACGAUGUAUAUAAGACAUUCACUACAAUGUAACAAUAGUUAAUAUUCCAAAAAAUAUUUGGAAAAUUAAUUUAUUUAAGGGUUACUGUGCAGCCCUAAAAAGCUAAUGAAUUGUAAUUUUAAAUCUUUACCAAAUUUUUGCCACUACCCUUCAAACCACUAGGUUUAACCUUAGGUUUUUUUUUAUCAAGGUUUUAUUCAUUUGAAAUAAUAAUAAAUUAAAAAAAUCACAAAUCUUACCUUUCGUUGGGGAAUAAGAAUUUAAAAUGGGGGGAAAUAUCAUUGUGACAUAAAUGUUUUUCUGUAAUAUAUAAUAAUAAUAAAUUUUUGAUGUGCGGCAAAAGAUAAUUGAACUUCACAAAUUAGAAAGCGACUUUAAGAAAAGAGCUAGAGCAGUGAAAAUUCCAAUUUCCACCAUCAGGGCAAUAAUUAAGAAUUUCCUAACAACAUUAAAUGUUGUGAAAAUGCCUGGAAGAGGACAUUUGUUUCUAUAUUGUCCUAAAGCAUGGUGAGGAGGAAAGUUUAGUGGCCAGUUUUAGAUACAUGGCAUCUUUGAUUCUACCUUAUACCAAAAGAUAAAGUCUAAAAUUGACUGACUUAGAAAUCUUAUAAUGGGCCAUGUUUGGAUGUUCCAACUGGACAUUAAUCCUAAAACAAACAAAAAAAGGAGUGGGGUUAUCUGAAGAGGAGAAGCAUCAACAUGGAGCUGUGAAUCUGAAGGAUUUGGAGAGAUUCUGGAUGAAGGAAUUGUCUCUGAUCUCUUGUCAGGUGCUCUCUAACCUCAUCAGGCAUUAUAGGAUAAAACUCAGACCUGUUGUUAUGCCAAAUGGAGGUUUAAAAAGAUCAGUGAAUAAAAAGCAUGCAGGCUGAUACUGAUUCCGAUACAAUACUGAAAUCUCUUUGCUGAAAGCGUAGUUUGUUUUACAGGUAAUC